AUGUUCGUCCCAAUCGCUGCGACACAUGCCGCACGUGAGUCGAUUGCAGUCGGUAACGCAUUGCGCACGCCAAUCAUCAAAGCAUUUCUUGUGCACACUCCGACCGCAACUUGA